AUGUCCUCAAUCUUAACAGACCUCUCCGCCCAACAACGAACACAACUCCAAGAAGUGGCCGACUUACUCCUCCAGAUCUACGAAACAUUGGCAGAGCUCCGCUACGUCGACCCCGAGAGCAUCGUACGGGGUCCCCACGAACUUGUCCACCUGCAAGAGACCUACGAUAGACAUGGUCUCGACCCAUCUAUCCGUCACCUCUACACCCUCCUUCCCUACAUCGACCCCACCCAAACCGAAGCUCGCGACUUCUUCCAUGGUGGAGCCUUCUUCAACCCUACUGAAUCCGGAGAUAUUGAGCAAGGUCGUGAUCCAUUCUACGCGAGUCCCCAAGGCGAGGACUAUGAAGCAGAGAAUGGACCAUACAUGAGGCCUUGGUUCACGCCGUUGAGUAACAUGGGGAAUCAUCAGAGUGUUAUAGUGUACGAUGCGAGAUUGCACAGGAUUUGGAUUGUGGACCAGGAGGGAUGGGGGACUACAGAUCCAGGGUUGAGAGCGGAGUACAGGAAACACAUCGGGGACGAGAGCGAGAAGAGUGACUGGGGCAAUGACAGUAGCGAGUGUGGGUAUGUGGACGACGAGGAGGGCUCUGAUGACGAUGACAGUAGCAGCCAUGGCAGCAGCGAGUUCUGGAGCGAUGACGAGGAAGAGGAUGAAGAAGGUGUCAACGAGCUGGAACAACUACGUCAAGAAGAGACCGAAGGUGUCGACUUCGACGAAGGUUUCGAGAUCCUCAACGACGAAGAAAGCCGUGAAGCCAAGGAAGCAGACGUAAGCCAAAACACCAACAGCUUCGAACACAUUGACUCCAGGCACGCCGGAGACGUCCUCAGAGACAUCAAUCGCUAUUACCGCGAGCUCAAGAUCAUGCCCGCGCAGGGCGAAUACAACGGCGGAGAAUGGCGUCUGCCGAAGGAAGUCCUCGUAUCUUUAUACCUCAAACACGGCUGGCCCACUAUUUUCAACGGCGAAGCCUUCGAAAUUGACCAGCACCGUGCCUACGCCGCCGAGCGCGCUAAGUAUGACGCUGAGGACCCACUACGACAAGUAGAAUGUUAUGAAGGCUGGACAAAAUACUGUGCCCAAGAUGUCGAGCGUCAUCAGCAGGAACUUGCUGAUGCCAAGGAUGUUGAUGAAGAAUGGCUUGCCCGCUUUAAUCUCUGGGUCGUCGAGCAGAGAAAGCUCCGCAACCUUGAGGAUUUGAAAGAACGACGGGAGAAGGCUGAUCAUCUCUGUCCUGGUGGGGUAUGUCAGAAAGAAGGCGAUUUACCACUCUGGGAACGAGAAUGGCUUCGUGUCCAGCGCCCUCGCAUCGAUCCCGAACGCCGGCAAGGCGAGUCCGAAGAUGCAUUCCUCGCCCGCCAACGUCUGGAUAGGAACAAGGCCACAAUCCACGCCAAAGCCCUCGAGGCUGCGCAAGCAGACGCCGCUCGCCUUUGUCCGGGCAGGACGUUCGCAGAGGCGACCGGGAGGAAGAGACUAGGUGGCCCGGGGAUAAGGGAGAGGAUUGAGACGGAAACUUUUUGGGUUGAAUUUAGUGGUAAGGAGGUGGAAAAGGUCGAGAAGUGGGAGGAGCAGUUGCCUGAAGGGGCCGUGAGAGCGAAGGAGACGGUACGAGAGGAGAUUGAGAAGAAUCAAAAGGCGCUGGAGAGGGUGGUGAAGGAUGUGGAGAGGAUGGAGAGGUGGGUUGAAGAGCAUGGGGACGAGGAGUAG